AUGGAGCGAAUGCAUGAUGAAUUUAAUGUGACAUAUAUAACUCUUGGUGGGCACAUUGAAUUGGAAAAAUACAAAUUUCUGUAUUUUGUUAUCAUGUUUACUGCUUAUAUUCUAAUACUCUGCAGUAAUUCAACCAUAGUUUGCCUCAUCUGGAUUAAGAAAAGCCUCCAUGAGCCUAUGUAUGUUUUCAUUGCAGCUUUGUUGCUCAACUCUGUUGUGUUCAGUACAAAUAUCUACCCCAAACUAUUAAUGGACUUUUUAUCUGAGAAGCAGAUUACAACUCACUCACUAUGCAGGUUUCAAGGAAUUAUUUAUUACUCUUUAACUGGUUCAGAGUUCUUUCUCUUGGCAUCCAUGGCCUAUGACAGGUAUGUGUCCAUAUCUCAACCUUUGCAAUAUCAUACUAUUAUGAGAAAAGCAACUGUCACAGUUUUGUUGGUUUUAGCUUGGCUUCUGCCUGCUUGUCAGCUUGUGCCAUCAGCUGUAUUCAGCAACAACUCACAAAUCUGCAAUUUUACUUUGAAUGGAAUUUUUUGUAAUAAUGCGAUUUCCAAGCUUUAUUGUGCUACCCCAAAAACAUCCUACUUAAUGUAUGGUGUGUUUAUUCUAUUUAACACUGUAUUUCUUCCUUUGCUUUUCAUAAUGUUUACAUACACAAAAAUAUUUAUAAUAUGCUAUCGAAGCUGCAGAGAGGUCAGGAAAAAAGCUGCACAGACUUGUUUACCUCACCUGCUCGUUUUGAUCAGCUUCACAUGUUUAUGUUCGUAUGAUAUAAUUAUAGCUCGACUGGAAAUUAAUUUAUCUCAAACUAUACGUUUCAUAAUGACUUUACAAGUGGUUUUGUAUCAUCCUCUCUUUAAUCCAAUUGUAUAUGGACUGAAAAUGAAAGAAAUCUCUCAACACCUCAGAAGGUUGUUUUGUCAUUGCGUCUUAUGUGUCAAAACGGAUGUUAGAAGUGCAGUCAGUUCCUUUGUGAUUCAAGUUCAAAGGCCUGACCUCUCUACAGUCUAG